UUUCCUCGGACGCCCCACGGCCGCCGCAGUGGGCCCGGCGCUGCCCGGGGCCCGUCCGGACCCGCCGAGAAAAGAAUGUCAUGAAAAAGGCGCAGAAAAGAGCCGUCAUUGUUGGCGAAAGGGGAGUUUUUUCCCCAGCUGGGGGUUGCUUCAGGAUUGGAAGAGGAGCACCUAGGUGGCCGGCCGGGUUAUAGAUUUCUCUAGCUGUACAGACGAAGCUGAGCACAGACGGCAGGAAAGCGCUUGCCCUGAGUCAUCCUAGGCUGAUGACUAAGAAAGCCUGAAAAAGACAGAUUGGAGAGAAGGGCGGGAAUUUUGUGCUUUUUAAAACCAGAGAGGACUUUAGACGCCUGUGGAGGAUGUUUUGCUCCCAAAAAUGAAGAAGAAAGAAUUCUCAAAGCCAGAAGUGUCAGAGGUUGAGAAUAACAGCAGCCAAGUUCACCCCAGGGAUCUCAGUACUUCGUCACCUUCUCGGGACAGACACACACAAGGGCGUCCCUCACGUGUGCUGACUUUACCACUGGUGAUGGUUUCCUGGGCCAGGAAUGACUUCAUUUGGGUUUCGGAGUGCUUUUUCUCUUUCUUCCUUUUUCCCCCACAAUGUAUAUUUUGACUUUUUAUGUUAGAUUUAUGCAAAGGAAGUAAACCCUGGAGUCACCGAAUGUUUGACUCUCGUACUGCUGUUUGCUCCAUGAUACGGAAAAGCUGGAGGUUUCACAUUCCUUGAAGUUUUAUUGGAAGCAAAACUGUGUUAGGGACACAGAUACACAGUGUAAGUUUUCCCUUUUUGGCAACCGUACUUGCUUUGAGCGAGCUGAGUAGCAGCUGGAUUGCACAGCAUAAGCGAUUUGUAGUCUUUGUUUUAUCAAGGCCUUAAAUGUAUGCUUUAUACUAAGCUGAUGGGAACCUCACCGAGCGCGCUGGUUAACAGGAUUGCCUAAGGGAAGGAACUCCCCCAUGGAUCAUGGCGUUAAUGUUUACAGGACAUUUCUUAUCUUUAGCAUUAGUGAUGUUUGCUUUCUCUACUUUUGAGGAAUCUGUAAGCAAUUACUCUGACUGGGCAGUGUUCACAGAUGAUCUAGAUCAGUUCAAGACACAGAAGGUGCAAGAUUUCAGACCCAACCAGAAGCUGAAGAAAAGUACGCUUCAUCCAAGUUUAUAUUUUGAUGCGGGAGAAAUCCAAGCAAUGCGACAGAGGUCUCGCACAAGCCACCUGCACCUCUUCCGAGCUAUCAGAAGUGCAGUGACAGCUAUGCUGUCCAACCCAACGUACUACCUGCCUCCACCCAAGCACGCUGAUUUUGCUGCCAAGUGGAAUGAAAUUUAUGGUAACAAUCUGCCUCCUUUAGCACUGUACUGUUUGUUAUGCCCAGAAGACAAAGUUGCCUUUGAAUUUGUCUUGGAGUAUAUGGACAGGAUGGUUGGCUACAAAGACUGGCUGGUUGAGAGUGCGCCAGGGGAUGAGGUUCCGGUUGGCCAUUCCUUAACAGGUUUUGCCACUGCAUUUGACUUUUUAUAUAACUUACUAGAUGAUCAUCGAAGACAAAAAUACCUGGAAAAAAUCAGGCUGAUUACAGAGGAAAUGUAUGAGUAUUCCAAGGUCCGCUCGUGGGGCAAACAACUUCUUCAUAACCACCAAGCUACCAAUAUGAUAGCACUGCUCACCGGGGCCUUGGUGACCGGGGUAGAUAAAGAAUCUAAAGUGAAUUUAUGGAAACAAGUUGUAGUAGAUGUGAUGGAAAAGACAAUGUUUCUACUGAAUCAUAUUGUGGAUGGUUCUUUGGAUGAAGGUGUGGCCUAUGGGAGCUACACAGCUAAAUCAGUUACACAGUAUGUUUUCCUGGCCCAGCGCCAUUUUAAUAUCAACAACUUAGAUAAUAACUGGUUAAAAAUGCACUUUUGGUUCUACUAUGCCACCCUUUUACCGGGCUUCCAAAGGACUGUGGGUAUAGCAGAUUCCAAUUAUAAUUGGUUUUAUGGUCCAGAGAGCCAGUUGGUUUUUUUGGAUAAGUUCAUCUUAAAGAACGGAGCUGGAAAUUGGUUAGCUCAGCAAAUUAGAAGGCACCGGCCUAAAGAUGGACCAAUGGUCCCCUCCACUGCCCAGAGGUGGAGUACCCUUCACACUGAAUACAUCUGGUAUGAUCCCCAGCUUACUCCACAGCCUCCUGCUGAGUAUGGUACUGCAAAAAUGCACACGUUCCCUAACUGGGGCGUUGUCACUUAUGGGGCUGGGUUGCCAAAUACACAGACCAAUACCUUUGUGUCUUUUAAAUCUGGGAAACUAGGGGGUCGAGCUGUGUAUGACAUAGUUCACUUUCAGCCAUACUCCUGGAUUGAUGGGUGGAGAAGCUUUAACCCAGGACAUGAGCAUCCAGAUCAGAACUCAUUUACCUUUGCUCCCAAUGGGCAAGUGUUUGUUUCCGAAGCUCUCUACGGACCCAAGUUGAGCCACCUUAACAACGUAUUGGUGUUUGCGCCAUCGCCCACCAGCCAGUGUAAUAAGCCCUGGGAAGGUCAACUGGGAGAGUGUGCACAGUGGCUCAAGUGGACCAGUGAGGAGGUUGGGGACGCAGCAGGGGAAAUCAUUACUGCCUCCCAACAAGGGGAAAUGAUAUUUGUGAGCGGGGAGGCAGUGUCUGCCUACUCUUCAGCGAUGAAGCUGAAAAGCGUGUACCGGGCUUUGCUUCUCUUAAAUUCUCAAACUUUGCUAGUUGUCGAUCACAUUGAGAGGCAAGACGACUCCCCAAUCAAAUCGGUCAGUGCCUUCUUUCAUAACCUGGAUAUUGAUUUUAAGUACAUCCCGUAUAGGUUCAUGAACAGGUACAAUGGCGCCAUGAUGGAUGUGUGGGAUGCACACUACAAAAUGUUUUGGUUUGAUCACCGUGGCCGCAGCCCCGUCGCUAGUAUACAGGAGGCAGAGCAAGCGGCCGAGUUUAAGAAACGGUGGACCCAGUUUGUUAACGUUACAUUUCCCAUGGAAUCCACGAUCACGAGAAUUGCAUACGUCUUUUAUGGGCCAUACGUCAACGUUUCCAGCUGCAGGUUUACUGAUAACUCCAACUCCGGACUUCAGAUUUCUCUCAACAUCAAUAAUACUGAACAUGUCGUCUCCAUUGUAACUGACUACUACAACCUGAACACAAGAUUCAGUUACCUGGGAUUUGGUGGUUUUGCCAACGUGGCUGAUCAGGGCCAAAUCAUCCAAUUCGGUUUGGGCUCUCAAGCAAUAGUAAAGCCCGUAAGACCGGAUAAAGCAAUUUUCCCCUUUGGAUUUAAAUUUAAUAUAGCGAUUGGGCUGAUUUUGUGCAUUAGCUUGUUGAUUUUAACUUUCCAGUGGCGGUUUUACCUUUCGUUCAGAAAGCUAAUGCGAUGGAUCCUAAUCCUGGUCGUCGCCUUGUGGUUUAUUGAGCUCCUGGAUGUGUGGAGCGCCUGCACUCAGCCCAUCUGUGCAAAAUGGGCUAGGACGGGGGCCGAGGCUGGCUCGAAGCCUGUGUCUUCCCAAGGGCGCCGUGUCGAUCUUCCCGAUGUUGUCAUUACCUCACUCCCUGGUUCUGGAGCGGAGAUUCUCAAACAGCUCUUUUUCAACAGCAGCGAUUUUCUCUAUGUCAGGGUUCCCACCGCCUACAUUGACAUCCCUGAGACAGAACUUGAGAUCGACUCCUUUGUGGACCCCUGUGAGUGGAGGGCAGCAGAUAUCCACACUGUGCGCUUCCGUCUCCUCCGGGGCUGGCUGCAGUCUUUGGUCCAGGACACAAAACUGCAUUUGCAAAACAUCCGUCUGCACGAGUCCAGCAGGGCUAAACUGGCCCAGUAUUUCACAGCCAAUAAAGACAAGAAAAGAAGGUGGAAGAGGAAGGAGCCUUUGCUGGAACAGAGUCGUCGAAUGAAAGGCACUUUCGACAGGGAUGCUGAGUACAUCAGGGCUUUGAGGAGGCACCUGGUUUACUUCCCGAGUGCACGGCCCGUGCUCAGCCUGAGCAGUGGGAGCUGGGCUUUAAAGCUUCAUUUCUUUCAGGAAGUUUUGGGAUCCUCGCUGAGGGCCUUGUACGUAGUGAGGGACCCUCGGGCGUGGGUUUACUCCAUGCUGUACAGCAGCAGACCCAGCCUCUACUCCCUGAAGAAGGUACCCGAGCGCCUAGCUAAGCUGUUUCACGUAGAGGGAGGUAAAGGCCGAUGCAGCUUGAAUUCGGGCUAUGCUCUCGAGUAUGAAUCAUUAAGGAAAGAAUUAUCAAAACCCCAGGCUAACGCGGUCUCCCUGCUGUCUCACUUGUGGCUGGCGCACACGGCGGCGGCCCUGAGAAUAAACACCGGUUUGCUGCCUACCAGCUACCAGCUGAUCAGGUUUGAAGACAUUGUGCAUUUCCCCCAGAAAACCACGGAAAGGAUUUUUGCCUUCCUUGGCAUCCCUUUAUCUCCUGCUAGCUUAAACCAAAUAUUGUUUGCCACCUCCACAAACCUUUUCUAUCUCCCCUACGAAGGGGAGAUAUCACCAAGUAACACUAAUGUUUGGAAACAGAACUUACCUAGAGAGAAGAUUAAACAGAUUGAAAACAUCUGCUGGACACUGAUGGACCGUUUAGGAUACCCAAAGUUUACGGACUGAGCGCUGCAGGUCAGCAGAAAUUUGCACUAAUACUUUCCAACCCAGUGUGUGGACCUGAAUUGGAAGAGUUUGUUUAUUCUUGUACUCUGUGUGGGUGUGUGAGAGACAGAGAGUGUGUGUGAGACAGAGAGAGAAAGAGAGUGUGUGUGUGUGCAGUUAAUUACUUGCACAGAGGUUAUUUUAAAAAUAGGCACCCUAUUUGGCCGAGCACGAUUUAUUUGUACGUCACCACUUUCUUGCCUUUGUUUCUGAGUUGUUUUCUGCUAAAAUGCUUCCCCUACAGAGGUGUAGAUGAAGUUCUGUUGUGGUCAGGGGAGAUCGAGAGAUGUAAAGGUGUUUGUCUUAACUCUCUCCAUCUGCAACUGUGCUGAUCUGUGGAACCUCAAAGACUGCUCAAGGCUUUCAGAUGUUGCUUUACCCAAGCAUCUCUUGCUUUCAAGAUGGACUACAGAAGUUCCUUUUUAAAAAAGUUCUUUGGACACGUUUAUCCCGCACAAGAAAAUAAACCCUUUCCUGUGUAUCACGUUUAGUGCUAUCACUGGGGAAAUGGUGGAAACUCCUAUCUGGACUAUAUGCUUCCUUCUGUAAAAUACAGACGGACAUACAAAAGGAAUGUGUGUUGUUGCAGGUCAGAAACUGACCGAAACAGCCUCCUUAACAUUUUCUACUUUGAAGUAAUGGACUCAGUCUUUGAAUCAUCUGGGUGCCAAGGGCUGGUGGAGUAUUUUCGACCUGCUUCUCUGUUUAAAACUCCUUUCUCUCUUUUGCCUAUUUGAAGCCACAGCUGCUCAGAUUACACCACUGCCACCCUGUGCUUUCUGCCACUGUCGCCCAAAACAGUCCGCAGAUACUAAUUGUUAAACUCCCCGAAUUUGUGGGGAUUUUUUUCCUGAAGAUUAGUUUUGCAUUAAAGCCUGACACAGAUUUAGAAUCAAACUUCUUUUUGUGGAAUUAUCACCCUAUGACUCAAAAAGGAAGCAGAAUUGGAAAACUGCCUGGCUUGUCUCGUGUCCUUUGAAUGAGUUCACAGACUGCCAGUGUGGGCAAACGGGAGAUGAUGUCAGAAGCAUCUGUUUCCUCUGCCAUCUGCAUCUUAUUAUAAACGUGGUCGUCAUCGACGGCGGUUCAUUUUCUUUGGGUAGGCGCUGACAUCGAAAUGCUGGGCCAGGAGAAGCCAGUGGAGUAAUUACAACGCCCUGGAUGUGAACCAUUAGACAGUGCAGAGACUUGAUGAAAAUCUCUGUACAGAUUUCAGUCUUCUUCAGAUGUUUCAAACUGUCGUUUCCCCCGAGCUCUCUAACACUUGGGAGUCUGUUAUUCUGACCUAGAUAAAAGUGCUCCUUUCUCAGUAGUUUGUUAUUAUGUCAGAAUGUGCCUGCAGAGUGAUAAAGCUGUGGCUAUGUUCCAUUCCAGCUAAACCUCGAUUGGCUGUCAUUUCCCCCGCAUUGUGGUGUGAAUGAAUGCAGACCGCUCCUACUCUGCUUUGUCUCCUUCCUUCCUGGAGCUCCCAGGACUUUUUCUCUACAAUGUCAAAAUGAAUGAAAGUCAUAUUAACAUAGGUCGAGAGGGCAACUGAAGACCUGAAUCUACACUAUUAUUUUCAAGGAAGAUUAUUUUUUCUCUCUGAGGGUUAUCAACAAGCAUGUAAAAUUGCUACACGGGUGAUAACACUAUUUCCAUUAUCCGUCAGAGUCUCAGUGUUUGCUUUCAAUUCCCAAAAUAUGUGAUCUCAAAUGAGAUCCAAUAAAAAGGCUUUGGGUUGGCGGUAAUGUUAGGUCUGAUUGAGGUAAGAAUUAGAAAUGUGUGUAGGUAACAAAGAAGAAAGUAGAAGCUAUACCACCGCCUUUCUUUUAAAAUGGCACAGAAAUGUGCCCAUGGCAGAAGAGAGGCAGGUUGAGUACUUGGAGGAGGGGAGAGGAAAGUGAAAAGGAGAGUAGUUCUGUGAACAAACAUGGGCACAUUCCUGAUAGCUAACGAAAGAGACGUGCUUGAUAAAAUGGCCUUCACGGGGAAUCCUAACUUGCACCCCCACACAGCAACGUCAAGGUGAAUUUUCCUCUCCCUGUGCUCACCCACUCCCACCCCAAGGGAAAGUUUGCUGAAGGAGAAGAGACCUAUUUGCAGAGUCUCCUGUGAGGAAUGUUCUGUGUGGACAAGGGAUGACAGGCACUGGAUGAACUACAUGCUUGGGGACCCUGCCUUGUCAUCUCAAUACCUAAGGGGACUGACUGUCCCUGAACACCCAGGCCCUGCACUCUUAGGGUGUUAUGCUAGGAGAAACUUCCGACUAGACUCUACACUUAAUCUUAUCAUCUUAAAAACAAUUAAAGCAACAAUAAUCACUAUGAGAGGCUUCCAAAGGAAACACUUAUAAAAUGUCCUCUCUGUAAAAUUAACCCCUUCCUUCAUUAGCUUCUCCAAACUUAGGCACAGUUGGGAUAGAAGCUUUUAUUAAAAUAAGAGCAUUUAAAUCUUGAAACUUUUAAAGAACGUUAAUUUUGCUGACACAAGUAACAAGUAAAUAUAGUGGGAAACUUUUUCAAAAGUAAAAUAAUGUGAAUUACUUUGGAUGGAAUCGUCUCUAUCCAGAGUUGAAUUUAUUCUAAUAAAAAUUUUAGGAAGGGUAGGAAAUGGGACAGUCUGUUCAGGGGAAAGAAGAUAAAUCUAUGAAUGCACUUUAUAGAAACCUGGAGAGGCACAAGUUUUACGCAGAUGACCCAAGCAUGCAUACGUAUUAGGCCUAGACCCAUAUAUUAGACAUCUGAUUGAUGCUUUAGACAGAGGAAAUAAUUAGUAAAUGUCUGGCAAGAAUGGGAUGAUUAAUGUCUCAUUCCCAGGCAUGGAAGAGGACCGGCCACAUCACCCUCAGCAAAUACAUUCAAAGAAGAACCUCUCGACACACACAAGUAUGUUUUAAUUUCUUCUUGUGUGGAAAUGCUACCCCUCCUCUCUGGCCUUAUAACUCGUGCCAUUUGUCAGCCGAGUUUGGGGUGCAUCACCAUAGAUCCUAGACAUUCGUGAUAUAUAAAGUAUAUCCCACACAAUUAUCAAUGAGUAAACAUUAACAAUGAUUUAAAAAUGGCUAUGUCUGAUCAUUAACCAGUUUAUUAAAACUAUAUGUAUAACAAGACUCCUCUCUAACUAAAAAGCUAAAAGCAACUUGGCCAUGGUUGGGAGAAUGUGUAAUAGCCCUGUUCUUUAGGUCUGGGGUAACUGUGAGGAUUUUGUAGGGAGUCGAGAAGGCAGACAAUGGGAAAUGCAGUUGAAUAUUGUCACGCAGUCCCACACUCUCACCCACUAAACCUGCACCACUCAGUGAUGGGCAGGUCUCUGCUCUGCUCAUUCAUUCCAAGUUCUGUCUCUGACCUGCAGUCUUCUACAUACACCAUCCCAGCUUACUGAAUGGCAAGAGCAUGCCCAGAUUACGUACUUGGGCGCUCCAUCUGUCGCUCCUGCCACCGGUAAAAUUAAGUUGUGAUACUGCUAAAGAGUAGAAGGUUCUUGCAGGUUGCUUGAGACAUUCUAAGUCGGUGGUGCAUGAGGUUAGCACAGGGGAGACUUUAAAAGAAAAAAAAGCAUCUCUCACGAAUCAGUCUCAAUAUGUGCUACAGAUUGAGCCAUAAGUUUUUCCUGUAUCUCCUUGUAAUCCUCACAGGAGCUCUAUAUGGUACUUACUCUGCAGAUACUUUUGAAACCCAUAUUAUGUCUCUAGGGAAUAUGCAUUUGUGAAAGAAUCCUGAGUGGGUUUACAAGUCACUCGUCAUGGACCGUGCUCUUCUGGGGUAUGGUGAGGUACUGAUGAGCAUGGGGGAGAACACAAAAGUUGGUUGACUGCACCCCAUGGGGAACUGCAGUCUCUAGAGGCCUCAAUAUUAGUAGAGACUUAUCAAGGAGAAGAGAGGAGAGGCAGGCCAGUAGAGUCCCACUUGAAGAAAGGCACCGGGAAGUAAUGUGUCCUGUAGUAGACAGUUUCUUCCUGACACUGCAGCUAUGAGGGAAGAGAUGGUUACCGAGUUAGGGGGAGCUUCUGGUAAAUUUGGUAGAGAUCACCACCUAUUUUUUUUUCUUAAUUAGGUUUUGACUCCAUAGUUUUCAUAGCACGUCCCAUCGAUUGCCAGAGAGACGCAAAUAGAACAGACCCACUGCCGCUUGCCCUCUCCCUACUGCCUCACUCACCAGCACGUUUCCAACAGACAUGUGGUCUGUCACUGAAUAUCAAGGGAUGUCCCAAAGAGCACAUGGUCUGCGGUGUGCAUGCCGAUCGGUGCUGGUAGUGACAGGAAGGGUAACUCUACGUAUAUCAUCUAAUUCGCCUCAACACCAUACAAAACAAAGGAUUACCUCAAUAGAAAAAUUAAUCCAUAUAGAACAUUUUUUUUCCUGUUAAUUCAUGUCAUUCACUCAUAUAAUUUGGGUUGGGCUAAAAGUACCUCUUCCUCUGAGUGGUGCUUUGUAAGUUUGGAUGCUUUCUGUCUCCCGUGGCUGUAGAUGGGGACCCCGGAGCAAACUGCAGAGCCUCCAGCCAGAGACUCAGCCUCCCAGUGAAGGGUAGGAGAGAGCGUGCACCUCUGCACCGGGACCAAGUGCCAUAGGCCUGUGCCAGUGGGGCUCUUACCCUUGAUAGAGAGGGAAUCCUUUGCUAGGGUAGUUUUUCUUGGGUAUUGCUGUCCACACCCUGCUACGGUUCACUGUAUACAAAUUAGAGAACAUUAUUGUGUUGAUCCUGGCGUGUGCCAGCUGUCCCUGUUUAUCAAACUGUAGUUAGUAUGAAUGGAUAUGCAAAAUAGGUUACAUUAAUAUGUUGAUACUGAGAAGAUGUGUGGACCCUGCCUGGGAAGUGAGAAGCCCUCCUCUGUGAUAUUGAUCAGUUUCUGUGGCAGAGGGGGGACUUCGCAUCACAAUUCAUAUACUCGCACACUCUACAAUAUGGUACCAGGAAUAAAAGAUCCGAAAGAUAUUAAAAUGAUCAUGAAUAUACCCACCAUCUACCCUGAGAAAUGCACAAUUAAUCUCGACCUUCCAUAGUCACAUCCUCCUGCUCCCACCAACUACCCCAGAAGUGAACGUUUAUCCUGGAUUUUGUGUUUACCAUUCCCUUGCUUGGCUUUCUAGCUCCACCACACACAUCUUUUCUUAUCAACAUACUGUCAACUUUUGCAUGUUUUUAACUUCAUGUAAACAGUAACAUGCUUUGUUCUUUUGCAGCUUGCUUUGCUUUGCCCAAAACUUUGUCUAAUGCAUGUUCAUGUUUGUAGGUGAUCACUUAUUUUCAACAUGGUGGUGUUCCAUGAUAUGUAUAUGCCAUUAUCUGAACAUACCAUACUUUAUCUUUUAUCCUGUUGAUGGAUUUGGGGAAUAUUUCUAAUUUUUUGCAAAUUCAAACACUAUGAACAAUUCUCAAGUAUGUUCUAUAAUGCACAUAUACAAGAGUUCUGUCAUUGUGUUUUGUUUGUAUCCAGAACCAUCUCACCCACCCUCACCCUAGCCUCCUUCCUAAUAUAUAUCUAAUAUAUAUCUAUCUAUCUAUCCAGGGCUGAAAGCACAUCCUUGGCUAUUCUAGACAAUGCCAAGUUAUUACUUCUCCAGUUGUCUGUACGAAUUGACACUCCGGCCAUCAUAGAAAAGUUUCGGUUGUUCCAGAUGUUCUCUUGUACUUGACAGUUUCAGACUUUCUAAUACUUUCCUGUCUGAGUGUCACGUUUUCGUUUUCACUUGCACUUCUCUGAUUAUUGAUGACAUAUAGCCUACAUGCACCCGAGCAUGAGCACACGUACACGUAUAAUAGUUCUUACUGUUUUCCAUUUGCGUUUUGUGAAAUAAAAUCCAUGUUCCUGUCUUUUAUGCAUUUUUUAUCAAGUUCAUUUCUCUUAUGAAGUCAUUGAAGUUUAUCAAUUAUCAAUAACAUUAGACCUUUUUUGGUUAUAUGUGCUAUGGAUGACUCUUUGGCUUCUGUUCUCAUGAUCUUUGUAUGACGAAUUUGUAAUCUGUUUUGCUACACAGGUGUCCUUAAUUUGAAUGUAAGCAAAUAUGUCAGUGUUUUCUUUUAUUAUUUAUAGUUUUUUGUGUGUGUCUUAUUAAAGAGUCUUUUCCAGAGUCUUGGCACUAAAAAUAUCCUCCUCUGUUUUCAUCUAAGCAUUUAAAUACUUUUAUCAGUUGUCUAUUACUGUAUAACAAAAUUCCUCCAAACAUAAUGGCUUAAAAUAACACACAUUGGUUAUCUCAGAGUCCCUGUGGGUAGGAAUCCAUGCUUUGACUGGGUCCUGGGCUCAGGGUCUUUCACAGGCUGCCAUCAAGUUGUUGGCUGGCACUGGGAUCUCACCCGACACCCACCUGGAGAAGCAUCUGCUUCUGAGCUCCAUGGCUAUUGGCAGGAUUCAGUUCCUUGCGGGUUCUUGGACUAGCAUCCUCAGUUCUUUUCUGGCUAUUGGCUGGAGACCAUCCUCAGUCAUUGCCACAUGGGCUUCUCCAUAUGGCAGUUUACUUCAUGAAAGCCAGGAUGGAAGGAUAUCAGAAGAGGAACUGCUAACAAUGUAGCUGAAUUAUGGAAGUGACCCCCAAUCAGCUUUGGUUAGAAAAAAGUCACAGGUCCUCACACCCCAGGUCACAAAUACAAGGAGAUGUAACAAUGGGGGUCAUUUUAGAAUCUAUCUGCCAUUGAUUUUUGUCUUUUAUAUUUCACUAUUUAACCUGCUUUAUAUUAAUUGUGUUUAUUCUGACAUUAUUUUCUUUUUCUGUGUGAAUAACCUGUUAUCCUAGACUGAAAAGAUUGAAACCCUUUUCCUUCCCACUACCCUUCCAUGCUUUCUCUACAACAUGCCAGGUCUUCUAUUUUGAAUGAGACUUACUUCUGAGCUCUCUACUUUAUUCUGCUGGCAAAUUUGAUUAUGCCACUGACAAUAGCACACUGUCUUAAUUACCAUAGUCCCUUUGUUAGCCUUGAAAUCUGGCAAGUCUUUUUAUUUUAUUUUUCAUUUUGUCUUAGAUUUUCUUAAGCUUGGUCUUCCAUAUCCAUUUCAGACUGAGUUUGCACAGUUUCUCAAAGCCAACAAACGAGGAACAGUAGAUGUUAAUUGUAAAUGAUUGCAUUUAUUUUGGGAGAAUUGACCACUUUACAUGAAUUAGUCCAUAUUCAUGAGCAUGGUAUGUCUGGCCUUUUAUAUAAUACUUGUUAAUCCUUUGAUAGAUAUAAGUCUGAGCACUUUAUAUUGUUAUUACAGUAGAUAACGUUUAUUUUUAAUUAUAUGUUCUGUUGCAAGUAUAUAGAAAAUGCAGUUGGCCUGUGUGUAUUUAUAUUGUAUCAGGGACCUUAUUAAUUCCUCUAAUUUAAUAAUUGAACUGCACAUUCUUUUGAAAUACUUACACAAGUGGUUUUGCAAUCUGUAAUGUAUGAGAAUUAUGGUAUUUCCUUCCUUUUAAUCUUGCAACUUUUUGAUGUUCUUACUGCUUUUGUUAGGAUCUCCUGUAAAACUCCGAGUGGAACUGGUAAUAGUGCGUGUUCUCAUACUGUUCCUAUGUGAAUAUAGUGCUUCCAGAUUUCACCACUGAGCAGUGGAUGCAGCGUGUAUUUCAUAGACUUAGCUUUUCAGGAUAUGGUAUUCCUUUCUAGUCCUACUUUGACAAGUGGCUUUUUAUCAUAAAUGUAUAAUAGGAUUUAUUCAAUGCUUCUGCUGCAUUCAUGGUGAUAGCUGUAUGUUUAUUUGCCUGUAUCUGUUAGUGUGAAAAUAUUAUUAUCUGUAUUAUAUGAAAAUAUAUAUUUUUUCUUUUGAGAUUAAACCAAACUUGAUUUGCUCUGAUAAAGCCAGCCUGAGAAUUAUUCAUUAUAUUUGUGUAUGUUGCUGGAUUGAGUUUGUUAAUAAUUAAUUAAAGAUGUUUACAUCAACAUUUGUAAUUUUCUCACAUUCUCCCAGUCUAAUUUUGAAGUCAACAUACUUGUCACAUUAAAUAAGUUGAUAAUGUUAUAUUUUCAUAUUCUCUAAAAGGACUGAAGUGAUCUAAUACUAGAAUGUCUGUUACAACUCA